CCGGGACCGCAGCAAAUUCUUUCCAGCUUUCUACUUCGCCGCCCUUCUUCUCAACCCUCUCCGACCAUGAGUUCCUCCUCCUCCGGCGACGGCGACGGCGACGGCCCGAAGCUCCCUCAAGACGUCGUCGCCGAGAUCCUGAAGCGGUUGCCGGUGGAAUCUGUCCUCCGAUGCAGGUGCGUCUGCCGGUCGUGGCGUUCCGCCGUCGACGACCCUGAUUUCGCGGCCCUCCACUUGCGCCACUCCGCUCUCGAUGCUUCCAAUUGGCACACCGCCUGCCUAGAUUGGUGCGAUACUGUCCCGAACCUGUGCUCUCUGUUCUCCGAGGAGUCUCUCACCCUCCCUCCCCGGUCGCAAAUCGCAAUCCCGUUCGUUACUCCUCCCGACUGUAGCAUGAUCGUCGGGUCGUGCGAUGGCCUGAUCUGCGUCGCGGAAAUUUCUGGCGGUGGCUUUGGUCGGACGAUGUAUUUGUGGAAUCUGUUCACCAGGAAGCACAGGGCGGUUCGACCAUCCGGUCCGGAGCAUCAAUUUUCUUUCAUGGAGACUCCUCAUGAAGCUCGAGGGUUUGGCUUCGACGCUAGGUCGAAUGACUAUAAGAUUGUGAGGAUUCUCUAUGUUUUAGAUGAUAAUGGCCGAUUGUUCGGUGGGAAGGAGCCUUGGGUCGAGAUUUAUUCGCUCCGCGCAGAUUCCUGGAGAAGCUUGGCGUGUGAGGUUCCUGCUUUCUGUCAUGACGACCGGGCGGUCUUCUUGAAUGGGAAUCUGCACUGGUUUGCUUCCAAGUUCGGUGAUCUGGGGGACGAGGAGGGUGGGUAUGGAUCGAUAGUCUUGUUCGAUGUUGCAGGUGAGGUGUUUGAUGAAAUGGCUCUGCCGCCGGAAGAGAUUUCUCACGCAGACUCUGUCGCUUUGGUGAUGUCUCUGGCAGUAUUAAAUGACUUGCUGGCUGUGUUCAUUAGUUUCAUCAACGUAGCUCUGGAUCUCGAACUGCAUUCCGUUUGUUCUGUUUGGGUUAUGAGGGACUACGGCGUGCCUCAGUCUUGGACCAAGCUGUAUACUUUUAAGGCUUGCGGAGUAGUAGCAGGAUUUGAUGGCUUCAGGAGGAAUGGCGAGCUUCUGAUGGAACUAGAUGGUGGAGAACGAGUUUCUUGGAAUCCAACCACGGGUCAAUUCUCAAAUCUUCCACUGUCGAUGCAAUGCAAUUUGGUCACUAUCGUGGAGAGCCUUGUUUCGCUUUAGAGAUGACUCGGUUGCUUCUACAUUUAUUGGCAUGACAGAUUGAUUCUGCUUGCAAAAGAGUUGAUAGCGGCAUUUGAAUU